AUGUCAAAUUAUCUGUUCUCAGCCAUGAAAGUGGAAGAGCUUUUCAUUAUAUCCUUUUUAUCAGUUCCACUGGCAUCACAGCAGAUUGGUCACAUGGAGCUGGAAUCCGUCAUUGCUCCUAUCUAUCAGCAUUGGGAUGAUGAAUUGGCUCAGUAUCACGUAUGUGAGCAAUGCCCUCCUGGUACCCACAGGAAGACUCACUGCAAUGCAGAAAAGAGGACAGAAUGUGCACCUUGUCCUGACUCACACUAUACAGAAUUCUGGAACAACCUGGAUGAAUGCCAGUAUUGCAAUGUGUUUUGCAAAGAGUAUCAGUACACUAAACAUGAAUGCAACAGCACUCACAACCGUGUCUGUGAAUGUGUCAAAGGUCACUACUUUGAAUUUGAAUUUUGUCUAAAGCACUAUAAAUGCCCACCAGGAUUUGGCGUGAAGAAACUUGGAACUCUAUAUAUCAAUACAGAGUGCAUGAAGUGUCCAAAGGGCUUCUUCUCAAUUAACAGGUCUGCCAACCAACCCUGUCAAAAGCACACAAAUUGCACUGCACUGGGCUUGAAACUGAUUCUCCAAGGAAAUGCAUUUCAAGAUAACGUGUGCCAGCCAUGUCAAAACAGAGAUGAUUCAAGCUUAGAGUGUUCAGACCCACCAGUAAAGAAAGAAAUUGCGCUCUGUGACCGUGCAGUCUUUAAAUUUGUCGCCCGUCAGAAACUGACUUCUAAGCAGUUGAAAAUACUCUUGGAGAAUUUACCUGGGAAGAAAAUCAAUACACAGCAUUUGGAACAGGCUGAGGGGACAAAUGCAGGCCAAGUUCAAACCUUCCAUCUUCUGAAACAAUGGAAAAUUGAAAACCUCCACUUGGAUACUGUGAAAGGCCUCGUGCAUGGCCUGAAAGAGGCCAACGUUCAGAAUGUUUACAAAAAGCUAUUGGGCAGGCUUCGAAUAAACAGAAGUGCUGUGAAUGCAUUAGCGUAG